GCAGUAAGAAUGACAUUCAGGCCUUCAGUGCUGUAGCUGGGCACACCACCAUGCUCAACACUCAGAUCGCGAUGAGACUUCUAGCAAUUUCUCCUUCCUGCCUUGCAGCAAAUAACAUUUAACAGCUAUGAAGUGCAAAUGAAGAGCAGUAGCAAAUAAUAACUGCUAGAUUUAAUAUAAUUUUUGCCAUUCUUCUGAAAAAUGAAGACCAUAUUUCUUGUGAUUCACAUUAGCUUGCUGCUACAUGCUGUUUUCUCUGCUCAGGGUCGAUUUGCUCAAAAACUGUUGAAUGACCUAAUGGAGGGCUAUUCUAAUGCUUUACGGCCUGUGGAGGACACAGACAAAGCCCUUAAUGUCACUCUACAGAUCACGCUUUCACAGAUUAAAGAUAUGGAUGAAAGAAACCAGGUGCUGACUACAUAUCUGUGGGUUCGUCAGAUCUGGCAUGAUGCUUACUUGAGCUGGGAUAAAGAAGAAUAUGAUGGACUUGAGGUCAUCCGCAUUCCCAGCAAUCUUGUUUGGAGACCAGACAUAGUUUUAUAUAACAAUGCAGAUGAGGAGGACUCCUCAGGACCCCCAGACACUAAUGUGGUGUUGAGAUAUAAUGGUGAGAUCACAUGGGACUCCCCUGCCAUCACCAAAAGUUCCUGUAAGGUGGACGUCUCUUAUUUCCCCUUUGAUAGUCAGGAAUGCAACCUUACCUUUGGCUCCUGGACCUACAAUGGCAACCAGGUGGACAUUGCUAUGGGCAUGGAGAGUGGUGAUCUUUCAGAUUUUGUGGAUAACGUGGAAUGGGAGUGUCAUGGCAUGCCAGCUGUCAAGAAUGUCAUAAUGUACGGUUGCUGCUCAGACCCGUACCCUGACAUAACGUACACAGUCCUGCUCAAGCGGCGUUCUUCUUUCUACAUCUUCAACCUGCUUCUGCCGUGUUUCCUCAUCUCUUUCUUGGCUCCACUGGGCUUCUACCUGCCGGCUGAUUCUGGGGAGAAGGUCUCGUUGGGGGUGACGGUCCUGCUGGCUCUGACUGUAUUUCAGCUGAUGGUAGCUGAAAGUAUGCCACCUUCAGAAAGUGUUCCAUUAAUUGGAAAAUAUUACAUUGCAACAAUGACCAUGAUAACAGCCUCUACAUCUUUGACUAUAUUCAUUAUGAAUAUACACUUCUGUGGAGCAGAAGCUAAACCUGUGCCCCACUGGGCCAAAGUCCUGAUAAUAGAUUACAUGUCAAAGAUCUUCUUUGUGUAUGAGGUAGGAGAGAACUGCACAACACCUGAAAGUGAUCGAGGCCCAUUUUUCUCUGAAGAUCCACUGGCUAGCCUGGAGAGAGAUGGGUAUUUUGACAAAGGGUUUUAUGAAGACUGUCACCUUGAUGAGAGAAUCCGCAGUCAGUUUAAUGGGUACAGUCACAGAGACCACCGACAUGGGAAUGGGUACCAUCACAAAAACAGCAGCUAUCGGCAACAUAGGCAUGAGCAGCAAAGAAGAACCCGAUCGUCAUCAAAUUCCCCUGUUCGACAGAGUUCCCAUCAUCCAAAAUAUACACACUUCAUCGGUCGAGAUGGAAGCGAAAAGCUCCCACUAACAAGUCAGGAAAAACUCAAAGACAGUGAAAUCUCCAUUCCAGAAAAAAUUAACGGAUACACAUAUGAUCAGGGCAAUGGGUAUCUCAAUGGAGUCGGCUACCUUCACGAUAAUGGCUACAGCAAAACCUUUGGAGCAGAUAGCUACAAUAAGACAACUACUGGCACAGGGUGUGUCUGUGGAAAACAUCAGAAAUUGGUGCGAAACAUUGAGUACAUAGCUAACUGUUUCAGAGAGCAGAGGGGACACCAGGCCAAAGGGGCCGAGUGGAAGAAGGUUGCCAAGGUGAUGGACAGGUUCUUCAUGUGGGUGUUUUUCAUCAUGGUCUUCCUCAUGAGUAUUCUUGUCUUGGCCAAGGCAACCUAGGAAAGUUUACAACUUGAUGCAAUUGGUAAAUUACAUAAUAAGUAAAUCUAUGUGUCAAAAGACUGUAAUUCUGUUCUGCAAUCCUGUAUUUGUUGGCAAAUGCAUUCAGAUUAAAAUGUGAAUUACAGUUACAGCAUGUGUUUUAGUUGUUUGAAUAUCUUCCUUUAUUCAUUGCUGUCUUUGUUUUUUCCACUCCUUUUUUUGUAGUUGGUAAAAGUUAAAGAAAUGGCAUUAAUAUUUCAGGUGUAGAAGUGUUCCCACAAGUGUACAUAGAGUAACACAAUCUUUGUCCAGCAUGGACACACAUUAAUAAUGCACAAUUAACCCCGCACAUGCGUAUGGGCAGACAUUGACACUAACACACAUUAAAAAUGCAUCAAUAGACCUGUCCUGAAUAUUGAACACGUGCAUCUUGCAUCCUAUACCAAUGCUAGUGUACCAAUCUAUCCUAGAAGCAACAUUUGCAACUUCUAUAUUUGCUUACUGUCACCUAUUGUUGACUUGUUUGAUUUGCUGUGGUUGUCUCUUGAUUUUUUCUUUGUUCACAGUAUACUUUACAACAGUGCUACACAAAUAAAUCCUUAAUCACAAAAUCCUAGAAUUUUAGAAAGACCUACUGAUCGAAAAAGGAAUCAACUUGAGAAAAAGGAUACAUAGAAAUUAGGAGUGCAACCUCAAAUGCUGUAACAAAUCUUGAAACAAGAGUCAGUUACUGCACCAUUAAUAAACCAAGCUUUAUAUAAAAAUACCAUUCAAAGACUUGAAAAUGUCCUGGCCAAAACCCCUCAACCCAACAUUACUUAAACUGAAACGGAACUGAAAAUGUCAUAGGGCUCUAUUUUAACAAUCUAGCCACAAAGUCUAAAGCACAAGGCACAACAGCAUUACGUGCGUGUCUGAGUCAUGAAAAAGGCACGGGGGUAGUGAUUUUUAUAUUCAUAUUGAAAAAAAAAAAAAUUGUAACAUUAAUCCUUUAUUUUUUUCAUAUGUGAAGAUAUUUGUGUCUUGCUUUACAUCCUGAGUGUAUCAAACAAUGUGUACAGGUUUUGGACCUGCAUAGAUCCAUAAUUACAGCAGUCUGCGCUGGACUUUAGACCGGGGUUUAUUUGGUCCUGUUUCAGUUUUUUUUUUAAAUGCAACAACAAUGAACUUUAAUACACUUCUUCUUUAGUCGGAACACCGAUGAGUCUACAAAGUGGCACAAAUUGAAUUUGCUAUUUAAACAACGAGGCAAAAAAUGAGAAAAUUAAAGUUUGCGCUGGUCUAAAAAUUGCGCCAAACACGUCUUGCACAUUAUUGUGCCGGGUGAAUGAUAGGGCCCUCAGUCUUUUCAUAGUUGUACAGUGCUUUUUUUAAUAUCUGCCAAGAGACUUUUCAGCCUUAAAGUGACCUUGAUGUUUUCUGAUUAUUUUACACGUACAUUUACACAUUUAU